AAUAGACCAAUACGUAGCGGGGUGAACCUGCCGCUGCUGCGAUGGGACGAGCUCGGAGAAAUGACAGCUUGUGCAGGAAUUUAGGCUGAACUGCAUCCCGCCUCAGACAAGGACCGCAAAACUGUGGGCUCGGUCGAACUAUGUGACAGCUGACAUUUCUCCCGGCAGCGGCAUUCUAUGUUUUGUUUUGUUUUUAAUUUAUGUAUUUUUUUUUUUCCUCCUCAUUUUUUUUUUUUAAGAAUGGAUCCGGUGAAAUGGGCGCAAAAGUUGACCCGGCGGUGUCCUUUGGAUGUGCUCAAACUCGACUAGAUCUCAUCGCCGGUGGAAAUGCUACCUCUGUCAUCGGGACGGUGAAGUAAUUUGCAGCCACGAGAAGAAGAAGAAGAAGAGGAGGGGGAGAGAGAGAGAAAUAACGGGACCGGGUGUGAGGGAGAUAACGGAAUUACCUCUGUGACCGAAGAACUGUGCGAGCCGCCGAUUUACGCUGAAUUUCUCCCGGAGACGCUCCCCAGUGAAAUUGUUUUAUAGGUAGACUUCUUGUUUUUUUUUUUUUGUUGCAUGUUGUUUUUAUUUUUAUUUUGUCGCCUAUAAAUAGACCACAAUCCAUGCUGGCUAAUUGCUGCACGAACCUUUAAUCCGUAAAUGCAGGCUGUAAAAGCGUCCAACAUGACGCUGUCAAAUCGCUGAAUUACACUUUUUUUUUUUCUUUCCUGCGGAUUAAGUGGACAUUUGAGCAGCGCCACAGACUGACAGCGUCACCUCUGCUGCCACUGUCCGCAUCCACAACACAGUUUUUUCCCCCCAUUAUGAUCCUUGUCCAGGGAUUAGCUUUUGAUGACAUAAAGAAUUACAUUUUUUAAAAAAUCUGACGCCAAGAUGUAACAUUAGUAGUUUUUGUGUGUGAAUUAUUGAGCUCAUAAUUAACCUGAACCACUCCUCUCGUGGGCACACCUCCACAUGGAUGCAUGGCACACUUUUUUUUUGUGACAGAGCAAAUUUGAAAAUGUAAUUUUGGCAGCAUGAAAGCAUCAGAGUCAAGUUCGAGCACCUGAGCUGGUUUGGUGAAGUUGCUUUUACGCACCGGAAAGCAUGCGUCCUGCACAUAUGGAGAUGUUCUAGGCCCUGUCUUCUUCUUUUUUUUUAUUAGUUUUGGAGCAAAGAUGCAUGGCUUUUUCUUCUUCCUUUUUUUUUUGUAAAUGAGACAUUCUGCUGUAUAUAAAAAAAAAACGCUUUUUUUGUGGCUUAUUUUUUGUGGGGAGGGAAAACAUGAUGUGGAUCCAACUGUGGUGACAUUCUCUUGCUGUUUCCAUGCGUCUUUCUUCUCCUCCAGACCUCUGGACGUUGUUGUGGAUUGUGUUGCUAUUUAAUGCGAUGGGCUGCAUCCAGAGUAUCAGGUGUAAGCCCAAGAGUUUCCGAGACAGUAUCAUCGUCCUGGAGCUGAACACUUCCAUCGACUCCAACCCCACCAGCAUCGACGAAGCUUCCAGCGUGGUCCUGCGCUACCGGACGCCGCACUUCCGAGCCAAUGCCCGCGUCCUGGUGCCGCCAGUAGCCGCUAAAGAGACGUGGACCAUCGGGUGGAUUCAAGCGUGUAACCACAUGGAGUUCUACAAUACGUAUGGGGACAAAGGGAUGUCAAGCUGGGAGCUCCCCGACCUGCGCGACGGCAAGAUCCAAGCCAUCAGCGACUCAGACGGUGUCAACUACCCCUGGUACGGCAACACCACAGAGACCUGCACCGUCGUGGGCCCCACCAAGAAGGACAGCAAAUUCACUGUUAGCAUGAAUGACAAUUUCUACCCCAGCGUGACAUGGGGAGUGCCGGUCAGCGACAGCAACGUGCCUCAGCUUAGCAGCAUCCACCGCGACCAGAGCUUUACCACCUGGCUGGUGGCCAUCAAUCAGGCCACCUCAGAGACACUCGUCCUGCAGACAAUCCGCUGGAGGAUGCGGCUUCGCAUCCAAGUGGACCCGGAGAAGCCGCUGGGUCACAGGGCCGUUCUGAACGAGCCCGUGGCCCAGGAGCAGCCCCAGAUCCUGGGCAAGAACGAGCCCAUCCCCACUAACGCCAUGGUCAAGCCCAACGCCAACGACGCCCAGGUGCUGAUGUGGCGGCCAAAGAGCGGUGACCCCGUGGUGGUCAUCCCACCCAAAUACUGACCUGUUUCACUGACCAGACUGGCCUUGGAUACCUUAACAGUAUCAUCCCUUAUUUGUUUCUCUCUCUUUUACUCCUGCUCUUCACCAGCCGUCACUGCUUUAACCCUUCUUUGAUAUUUAUUUACAACCUUUUUUUUUUUUUUUUUGCCUCUAUAUUCUUCUCUCACGCUUUAAAAAGACUGAUAGAAGAAAACAGAAACCAGCGCUGAGGAAAAAGACCAGCUGUUGCUUCGAGGCGGGGGCUUGAACAUACUUUUCAAACUGGAGCGAACAAACUGCAACCAUUCUACCUUCAGACUGGGUCGGGUCUCACUGUGCUAAAUUGCAAAAAUGAAAAAGAGUGUUUUUGGAUUUUUAUUUUUUACAUUUUUGCCGUUUGAGCCACACGCGGGUGGAUUUAAGUAUUUACAUGACCAUGUCUGCUACAUACAUGGAUAUGCACAAACUUUGCGUACGAAUACCAGUUGUGUUUUUAAUUUAUGGGCUGGAAGAGAGUGCAUUUAACUGUGUUUUGAUGUUUUUGUUGUGUCAUUUACAUGGCAAAUUGCAUUGGGUGACAUAGUAGGUUUUAGUACUUUUUUUAAAAAACAAACAAACAUGCAAGACAUUCAAUCCAUGCUGCCUUAAGUUUACAUUGCUUUCCACUGCAAACUUUUUAGCCUUAAACAAAGUGCAAUGCAGUAUUUGA